AUGAUUUGGUAUUUGUUGUAUCCAUUUCGUGGAACAACGGAAGCACCAGUCCUUGAUCAAAAACAUCCCCUGCGAUCUGCUUUCACCCGCUAUGGCAACAAUGCAGCGCGCCACUCCGUUAUAGCUCUCUUAAUCUCAAUAGCUACCGCUGUCAUCCUAAUCUACCCUUUCCCAUUCCUCUACACCAACGACUUCACUAAUGGCGCGUCAAACUUACCCCAUCAUGUCUGGACAUCAGCUCAGCCAUUUGAAGGCCCUGCCAAUACGCGACCGGAUGUGGUUAUGCGGUCAAUGUGGGUCCAUGGGAGUUAUAUGAAAGCAUUAGAACCGAACGUUCUUCUGAACGCAUUAGAUAUACAAGAUGAAUUACUCGGCCCCACAAUGGAUUUCGACCCCCGAAGACCAUCGAAUCCGGUCUAUCCUGACAACUCAUCGGUGGACUUGACUACGGACAUGCGCGAUACUCUACACGCCAUCAACGGAUUGAGCAACUCCUCUUGGUUCUUUCAUUCUCCUCUACAAUACUGGUCCUGUUCAGCAGAUAAAAUUGCUGGAGAUAAAGAUAUUAUAGCCACGGUCAACCAUGGUUCCCGUCAAGCAACGUUUGUCAAUGUUACUCUUCGACACUCAAUCGUUUUUAGUGGAAAGCGCUUUGAAGAUCACCGAUUAGUCGCUGCCGACGCCUUGGUCAUUACUUUGGUUCAUAUGCUGGAUUCGCCGGUAGGUAAGCAGUGGGAACGGAAAGCCCAAGCACUUGGGCUCAAGGGGUCCGAAAAAUGGCAAUUGUAUCCUCCCAGUGGUCGCUCAUUCGCCAGUACUUUGUACGAGUUUCGCUUCCAGCCUCUCUCUUUCCAAGACAAUCUCCUACUCGGAAUUGCAUAUGCCAUGAUGGCAAUCUACUUUGCACAUGGCUUGUCCAGACUCCGCGCCUUGCGAUCUCGGGUGGGUCUCAUCCUCGCUGUCGUGAGCCAAAUCGCAGUAUCGAUUAUGUCGAGUUUCACAAUUUGCGCUGUAUUCAAGAUCGACCUAUCAAAGAUACCGAGAGAGGCAUAUCCCCUUGUCGUUCUCACAGUCGGGAUGGAGAAUAUAUUCAGGCUUAUCAACGCUGCUAUUAUGACUCCACCGGAGCACUCUGCCGCGGCGAGAAUGGGCGAAGCAUUAGGCCAGACUGGUCAUAUUGCUCUGGCUGGAGUCACUCAAAAUUUGGUUAUUCUAUGGCUGCUUUCGAAGGUCGUGUCUCCGCAAAUUGUCAGCUUCUGCACCUUCGCAGCAAUCGCCCUGUCAUUCGACUUCUUCUACCUCCUGACUUUCUUUUCUGCCGUGUUGAGCAUCGACGUACGGCGGACAGAGCUGAGUGAUUCCCUGCAACGUGCAUCCACCCCGAAAGAACAGACUUUGAAUCCACAAUUUCCAAAAAGGAAAACCUGGACAGAUGCUCUCCUCAGGGGAGAGGCACCCUUUUCUACACGGAUAGCAGGUACAAUCGUGCUUGUAGGAUUUGUUCUCGUUGCACAAUGGCAUUUCUUUGACAACGAAAGCUUGUUCCGAACGGCAUCAAGAUUCUUCCGGUUGAUGAAGUCCGAGCCUCAGCCCCUCGAGGAAAGUGCCGCAACUCCACUUUCGGCCGACAUCAACCAGGCGAGGACACCCUCUGCGUGGCUUCGAAUGCAGGACCACGAGACUGCACAUGAGGUUAUUCAAGUCAUCAAACCGCAUGCUAACAGCUACAUUGCUCGCGUUUACGACCCACUAAUAUUUGUUAUGGACGGCUCCGAUCGGAACCCCACCAGCGCUGGAGUUCGGAGAUUCCUCCCCGCCGCUUACGAUUUUGUAAGAAAUCAAGGUGGCACGUUCCUCAUCACCGUCGUCAUAAUUGUUGCGGCAGUCUCGCUUCUGAUGAAUUAUCUCCUUUGGGAUGAGUCGCCUGGAGAGGAAGAGACCAGACCUGAGGAUGACCCCCUACUAUCUAUCAAGACAUUGAGUAAAGGCCACAACCUCGAUGUCAUGCUUCUUGCAGCCUCAAAAGAAGGAGUGAUUGCUUCAGUAGGCUUGGAUAGGUGGAUCCGCAUCUGGGACGUUCGCAAAGAUACAGUUACCUAUCUUGUGCAAGAUCCAGAGUCACACAUCAACCCGUUUCCGGUGUUAGCUAUCUCCAUCGAUAGUGACUCGAACUGGCUUGCUGUGCUGUCCUCCCAGAAUCGAGUAUUCCUGUGGAACAUCCCGGAAGGAAGAUGGGGGCCUUCGAUCCACGUCGACGUCAAAGGGCGUAUUCCAGUAGCAUUCUUCUUUGGCCACGACGCAACCGAAUUUAUCGAUCCUGUAUUUGUGGUCCGGCAGAACGGAUUGAUGUCUGAGCUUCACGUCGAAAGUGGGGAGGUCGUUGAGCUCCAGAUAUGCCGCAGUCCGCUUGUCAGUGUUCGUCAACACCUUGAGAAGCCAAAUGCUACUUUGCCAAAUCCACCAGCUCGAAUAAUCACCUCAUCGAAACGUGGGUGCAUCCAUGUAGCCAAGCAUGUUGAAGCAGGUUGGAUCUCGGAAGGCCUCGAAGUCCCGAAUCCGGCAGACGACAAAGAAGUUCUCUCCAUCCUACCGCUCCCUGCAUUGAGCUCUUUUCUCGCCAUUAGGGAUCACACGGUAGAGCUCAUCGAUGUUGAGACGCACAGGGUAACACACACUUUCCACACCAAGCCGAUGAAGCAGGACUCUCUUCGCUGUAUCCACUCUACCCGCAGGAGACCUCAAUGUGGCUCAGUAGGACUAGCGAGCCUUGCUCUUGCAUAUACGAGUGCAGAGACCGGUGAAUGCAUUAUGCAGAGCUACCUCCCUCAGCGUGAGGGCGAUACAAUCUGCUUUCGAGAUCCCUUCACUCCGGGAAGUAAGACCUGUUGUCUCUGGCGCGAAACAGUGGAGCAUCGGUACACGAUUGGAAAUCCAGGUCGAUGGGAGGCGUUGAAGGUUGGCUACUUGGUGGGAGUGCGGAAGGUUGAGGCGCCAAAGGACAUUGCGGCUUCUUCUCAUCCCGUUGCGAACAUCGGUCUUCGACGUCGAGGCGCGAGCCGCCCUCAAUCUCUUCGCCUCCAAGCUCAGGAAGCCGAAGAUUCGUGGGAAGUUUGGUCAAUCUCUUCUCGUGGCGAGAGAGCCGUCACUCCCCUCUGUGGGUACAACGAAAAGGGAAAUCUGCUGGUCAAUAGUCUUGGGCCACUGCAGAAAAUAGGCAAUAGGAGCAUUGCUGUGGGAUUGGGUAACGUCAUCAAGAUAAUCACAGUCGGCCAUGAGAAGUUCGACGGAGAGAGCUCGAACGACGAUCAAGCAUUUGUAGGAAUGGCCGCCGCAACUGCCAGUAGGCGUAGAAGGCACGGCCCUGGCUCAAGAAAGAGCCUGAGCCACUGA